CUAUUAUUCAAUAGAAAUAAUAUUCACACUGAAGAUUCUUAUUCACACAAGACGCAACUUUGAAUUUAGUCAUAAUGAUUCUAAUUUUUUUGAUAACGAUAUUAUGCAGUCUUUUUUUCUAUUUAUCGGUUUUGAAACCGCGUAAAUAUUGGAAAAGUAGAAAUGUGGUACAAGAGAAUCCUCCAUUGGUUUUUGGCGAGGUUCUCAAGACCUUUCUUCAACAAGAAAGCUUCUUUGAAAGCAUCAUACGUAUUUAUAGACAAUUUUCUAAUCUGAGAUAUUUUGGAACAUAUCAGUUUAACACGCCGAUAUUUGUUGUCAAAGAUGUGGAGUUGAUCAAAAAAAUGUGCAUCAAAGAUUUUGAUCACUUUGUCGAUCAUAGAGUCUUCCUACCAGAAUCGGUGGAUCCAUUAUGGGCGAGUAAUUUAUUUUCUCUAAAAGGUCAAAAAUGGAGAGAAAUGCGAGUGAUGUUGACUCCCCUUUUUACCACAAGGAAAAUGAAAAAUAUGUUCAAACUUAUGAACAGCGCUGCCGAAACUUUCGUUAAACAUUUCGAAGAUCAACCAAAAGAUUUGAUCGAAUUGGAUUUUAAAGAUACAUUGAAUCGUUAUACUUGCGAUGUUAUCGCAACAACGGCUUUUGGUAUCGAAAUAGAUUCAUUGAAAUGUCCAAAAAAUGAAUUUUACGAAAUCGGUAUGGAAUUUACUGAUUUUACUGGCUGGAGAAAAUUUUUAUUCUUGAUCAUUUUAUUCAUACCUGAAUAUAUAUUGAAGUUAUUUGGAGUAAGAAUCAUGAACGAGAGGGUGACGAAGUUUUUUACAUCGGUUAUAGACGAAACAAUUAGAACUAGAGAAGAAAAAGGCAUCGUCCGUCCUGAUAUGAUUCAUUUAUUUAUGCAAGCUAGAAAAGGAUGUCAAGAAGUUGAAAACGACGAUAUUAUUGAUACAGGAUAUGCUACGGCUAGAACAUCAUCGUAUUUUGGUGAUAAAACUGGUAACAAAGUCCAGAUUUCCAAUGAGGAUAUUGCUGCGCAAGCUUCGAUAUUUUUCUUCGGGGGAUUCGACACCAUUUCUAGUGCAAUGCGUUUUUUAAUAUGCGAACUUGCUGUUAACACCGACGUACAGAAUAAAUUGAGGAACGAAAUCAUCACAACAUACGAAUGUUGUCAAGGAAAUGUCACUUAUGAUGCCGUUAUGAGAAUGCUUUACAUGGAUAUGGUUGUUUCAGAAAUAUUGAGAAAAUGGCCUAACGGUACAAUCCUAGAACGCGUCUGUACGAAACCUUACGUAAUACCAGCACAGGAAUCAAAUGAGGAGGAUAUAAUAUUGGAAAAAGGAAAUUUGAUUUGGAUACCACUCGCAGGAUUCCAUUACGAUCCAAAAUAUUUCCCAGAUCCAGAAAAAUUCAAUCCCGAACGGUUCAGUCCGGAAAAUAGGGACACAAUUAAUCCUUACAUAUAUAUGCCCUUCGGUACCGGUCCUAGAAACUGUAUAGGCUCUAGAUUUGCUCUGAUGGAGAUAAAAGUUAUGUUUUUUCACCUUCUUCGAAAGUUCGAAAUUAUCCCAGUGGAAAAAUCGAAAUUGCCAGUCAAAGCGUCGAGAAAAAGUUUUAUUUUAGAUGGUAACUGUUUCUGGUACGGAUUGAAAAAACUAAAACACGCGCCGCUGAUUACAAAUCAAGCAGCUUUUUCUAUAAAUUGCAGAGAAUUUGUUAAAAAUAAAGUGAUUCGAGAAAACGCGACUAUGUUAUUUUUUAUACUUUCUUCAAUUAUAUUCCUAAUUUGGAUUUACUGUUUUCUUAUCGUGCCCCUAACAUUUUGGAAACAAAAAGGCGUGAAACAAAAAGGUUUAUGGAAUUGUUUUGUGACAUCUUGGUUAGUAUUUUUGAAACGUCAAAGCGUGGGGGAUAUGGUCAAAAGUUUCUACGAUGAAUUUCCAGGAAACAGAUAUAGUGGCUUGUAUCAAUUCAAUGCACCAGCGUUAAAUAUAAGAGAUCCUGAAUUAAUAAAGCAGAUAACGGUGAAGGAUUUUGAAUAUUUCAGUGCAAGAAGAACUUACAUUCCAGAGGAUACCGAUCCGUUGUUUGGCAAAAGUUUAUUUUUGUUAAAAGGUGAACGAUGGAAAAAUAUGCGUUCGACGAUCAGCCCGACGUUCACUACUAGCAAAUUGAAAGGAAUGUUUCAUCUAAUAAAAGAAUGCUCGGAUAAUUUCACCAAAUAUUUCUUAAAAAAAGAGUUGGACGUGGUGCCUGUUCAAUUUAAAGACGUUUCAGGUCGAAUUUGUUCAGAUAUUAUAGCAACUGUUGCGUUCGGAAUAUCCGUUGAUUCUUUAGAAAAUCAAGAUGAUAUAUUUUAUGAAAUGGUUAGCCGCGUUACCGAUCUUUCAAAGUUUUCCAAACUGAUCAGAUUCUUGGGGUUUUUAUUAGCACCGAGAUUAUUCAAAUUACUCAAUAUUAAAUUUGCCGAUGAAAAUGAAGAAAGAUUUUUCAGAAGCCUUGUUGAUUGUACAAUAAAGGAAAGAGAAGAAAAAAAUCUUGUUAGACAGGAUAUGAUACAUCUGCUAUUGCAAACUAGACAAGGGGUUAACAUUGAAGAGGAAACUACUUCAGACGAAACUGGUUUUGCUGUGAUAGAAGAUGAAACAACGAAUAAAGGAAAUGUUCUUACUGAUAUCACCAACGAAGAUAUAACUUCCCAAGCUUUUCUAUUCUUUUUCGCUGGAUUUGAAUCAGUAUCUACGCUGAUGUGCUUCAUGGCGCAUGAAUUAGCUGUAAAUCAGGAUAUUCAAAAUAAACUGAGAGCAGAAAUUGAAUAUACAGAUGAAAAAUGUAAUGGAAAAGUUACGUAUGAAGCUCUCGUUCGAAUUAAAUAUUUAGAUAUGGUCGUUUCAGAAACCCUUCGAAAAUGGCCUCCUCAAGCUGGAGCAGAAAGAAUCUGCACCAAACCCUACACCAUCCAACCGUCAACUUCGGAAGAACGUCCGAUUGAUUUAAAACAAGGAACCGUUGUUGUAUUUCCAGUAUUUGGUAUACACCGAGAUCCAGAAUAUUUCCCGAACCCCGAACGUUUCGACCCCGAAAGAUUCAACGACGAGAACAAACAUAUGAUAAGGCCUUACAGUUAUCUGCCUUUCGGAUCUGGUCCCAGAGGUUGUAUCGCAUCCAGACUUGCAAUAUUGGAAACGAAAAUUUUCUUUUAUACGCUUUUGAUUAAAUUCGAAUUGGUGCCUAUUGAGAAAACGUGCGUACCUCUAAAACUGGCAAAAAAUCCAGCUCUGAUUGCAGUGGAAGACGGUUGCUGGCUGGGAUUUAGGAAAAUAAAACACUAAAUUCGAAUUUUUACUUCAUUUAUGAUCUAUAAUGACACUCUAUUAGUUUUUAAUCUGAAUUAAUCAGAUUUUAUUGUAAAAAUUUUAUGUUUUUUAUUAUUUUUAUUGAUUUAAAAUAUAGUAAGACUUCACGUGA